AUGGUGGCAGCAUUUAAACACACCACAGCAGCAGCAGAAGAACCACCCAGCUUUAGUGAGGAAGACUCCCCCAUAACGGAAAGUGACUCUGAGUCGUCUGAGUCUGAAAUUGAUGAUUUGCGGUACCAACAGAUCGACAUGGACCGGACACCGUGUGUGGUGCAUACCUUACAACUUGUGGUCCACAUGGUGCAGAAGGAGGCAAGUGUUAAGAGAAUCCUUGAUAAAGCAAGGUCAGUAGUGAAACUCUUCCGCAAGUCUUCCGUUGCAACACAGAAGAUAUUGGAGCAGUGUGGCCUUAUUGUUUUAAAUGACUGCCCCACACGCUGGUCAAGUACAUUCAACAUGAUCGCACGACUCAUCAAAGUGAAAGACUCGGUCUGCCAAAUCGCAAACAACAUGGGAUGGGACAGCUUUCUCCCUAGUGAAUGGCAAAAGCUCACAUCAUUGCAUGAUCUACUGCUGCCAUUUGCAGAACAUACUAAAACCCUCCAGAGUGACACCAUGUCCAUGUCCCUGGUUGUCCCUGCCCUCUUUGAUCUGCUCAGUCACCUUGAUGACUUUAAACAGAACACUAGCUACCAAGACCUUGCCACAAUUGCACAAAAAAUGAAAGGGAAUGUAAACCAGCGUUUUGCUUCAUUCUUAGAUACAACAGAUGAAAGGUUCUCCCCACUUGCAGCUGCUGCUUGUUUUGUCAACCCUACUGUCUGUGAAACCCUUGUUGAUGUGGCUGAUGAAAAUAUUCAGGAACUUCUUAAACAGGCAGAGGAGUAUGUGAUAAGAAAAUCAGCAUUGCCCCACACACAAGAUGAUGCACUUGCAGUUGCAGAAGAGGAGAAUAUUGAGAAAUCAAAGGAAGAAGCUCCACCAUCCACAUCAAAGCACAGAGUCUUUCGGUUUCUCUCAAAAUGCCGCAGAAGACCCAGGCAGAGGACCUCCCCAAACAGCAUAGAGCAGCAGAUCAGAAAAUAUAGGGAGGAAGAGCUUUUGCAACAACCCAUCACUGAUGACGACACUGGAACAGAUUUUUGGCUGUCAAAGAAUGAUACUUUUUAUCACCAGUUAAAACCUUUUGCAUUAGACCUGUUGGCUAUGCCAGCUUCUCAAGCCUUUGCAGAGAGAAUAUUCAGUGUCACAGGUGACCUCUCUCGAGGCCGGCGGAAUAGAGCAAGGGUCAUAUUGGCACAAAGUGCUUUCCUUAAAAUGAAUCGAAACAAAUAG